AAACAAAACCCUAACCCUAAUCAACGUUUCCCUUUUCCACGAUUUCUCUCUCACGUUCCCCAAUUCUGCUCUCCCUUCACCGCCAAUUUCAAAGUUUCCGACGCCGAUCACCCCUUUCUCCGCCGCCCUCAAAGUUGUUCGAUCCCCCUCCGUAAGUGGAGAUGCGCAUAAGCUAGGCCAGACACUCGCGAUACCAAAAUGAUCUGAAAGCUCGUUUGUUCUUCAUGAUCUCUUAUUAGAGAUGGGAUCGGAGAAGGAUGAGCAAUUUGCCAUGUUUGAAGAGAAGGUUAAACGGACUGUGUAUGUUGAUAAUCUCUCUCUUCAAGUAACUGAGCCUGUUUUGAGAACUGCUUUAGAUCAGUUUGGGACUGUGGUCAGUGUCCAUUUUAUUCCAAAUUACACGGAGCCAAUUAACAGCUCUCAAUGUGCUCUAGUGGAAAUGAAGGAUUCGAAGGAGGCGAAAUCUGUAAUCACCGUUAUAGCUCAAUUCCCUUUCAUGAUGUCUGGAAUGCCGAGACCGGUGAGGGCUCGCCCUGCCGAAGUAGAAAUGUUUGAUGAUCGCCCUGUAAAGCCUGGUAGAAAGAUUAGCUUUAGAUGGCUGGAAAGUGAUGAUCCUGAUUUUGAAGUGGCCAGACAAAUCAAGCGUCUUUCUAAGAAACAUGUGGCUGAAGCUGCAUUUUUGGUCAAGCAACAUAUGGCGGAAGAGGAAAAGCUUGCAAAGCAGCAACAAGAAACACUGAAAGGAAACUACAAGAAAUAUGAGAUUGUAGAUAGUGUAAUGGCCGAUGGAACUGCCCGCAGGUUAGCAAAACAUUAUAAUAUGCGAAUUUCAGAUGAUUAAUUAAAGCCUCUGAAGCUUUGCUUUUGUAACCUCUUAAUGCCACUGAUUUUUACAUGUAAAUUUGUACAAAUUGUCGUUUAUAUGUAUGAAUAGAGAUGAAUUACAGACUUUUGUGAUUUAGAGGGAGAAAAAUA